AUGGGAUCCAUGAACAAUAUGAACAACAACAGCGGAGUGCACCAACGAGGCACUGGAGAUUUGCAUGCACUGAAGCGGGACAAGCAAAGUAAAGGCCAGGACCAAGCGUUGGAUCCUGAUUUUGAAGUACUUACGGGCCAGCACGGGAACCAGGUGCGCCCUGAGGAAAUGUCACUUGACCCGGUGCUGGACUCGGUAGCGUAUGGAUUGGCAGAUUCAGUAGCACUUCAGGCCAGCGGUGUAGCCCACGACAAUGUAGAAGACUUUUCGCGGGAGUCAUCGGGCCGUUUUGUGCAGAGUGGGCAUUUUGGCCAUAGUGAGCGAUUCGAGCCGGACGAACAUUCGGAGCAACGGUUGCCAUCGCUGGCACAAGCACAUCAACAGCUCCAGAACGAAGAACAACUGCAAACACACCAGCUCCAGCAGCAGGAGCAGCAGGAGCAGCAGUUACAGCCGGGGCAGCCACAUUCUCAUCAGUUCUUGUUGUUCAAUCAGCCUCGUGCCACACAGCAAGACUCCAGCCGGAGCUCGUCAGACCCUGCCUCCAGGUCGUACUCGUCGAAUGGGUGGAUGAACCGCUCUCGGUUUAGGCCGUACUUCAAGAUCUCCAUCUCCGGGGACGCUAAGAUCGCCUCCUGUAUCUACUGCGGAAAGGAAUACAAAGAGGGCGAAUCGACAGGAAACCUUUCCAAGCAUAUAACCAACAAUCACGCAGCAGAGUACAAGUCGCGCGAGCGUGCUGCAUCCAAGGACACCACCCUGACUUCGCUAACAAGCAAAGAACGUUCGCUGCGACUUUCGCCAAAGUUUGUAUCGGAGCUCAACCGCGAGAGUGGAACUUUUGCGUCGGUGGUGCUGAUUACCGAGACGCUGGUGCCACUCUACGUUGUGGAGUCCAUGGGCUGGAAGAUCAUCAACGGGCUGGUGCCUGACGUUUCGCUGAUCGAGACCCGCAAGGCCGUGGUAGAAAAACUCGAUUACUACCGUGAGUGUCUAAAUCAGUCUCUAAAGACUAGCUUAGAGUCUUCUACGUUCCUCAGCGUGCAAUUGUACGUCUGCUCGCGGGAAAAUGGCUUGCGAUACCUCGCAGUGUCCGUGUCUUUUGCCCCCAACAUUUUGGACCACGAACGGCUUUCCACUAUCCAGACUCCAGAGCUGCUCUUGAAUAAUACGGGUGAUCCCGUUAAUGGCCACUUGCUUGAUGUGGUGGAGUUCAACGACAAAGCUAGCGACCAUCCUCUUUUGGCUGAAGGUGUUUUGAAAAUUCUGGACAGGUACAACAUUACGUCCAAAGUGGCGCUGGUGACCAUCGAUCAGCUGAGUCAUAAACUUGGAAUUCAUGACAGUUUAAUGAACGCUCUAAAUUGCAAUCCGGACUCCGUGGUGAAGAAGUAUCUGGGCAACGUUGGCCUAGCCCGCUGUAUUAACUCGGGCCUUGAGGUCCAGUUUGAAAGAGUAGCACAGGACCUGCUGCGGGACGAAGAUUUCCAGCACGAGUACCAGAAGAUAGAAAAGCUAGCAGAGUCGUGGAACAACAUUCCAGGCCUGAAAAGUUUUGCAGACGAGUUGGUUUCCCCCCCAAGGUUUUCCAGUCAAGUUAACGAGGCUCGUUCCGUUUGGCGCCAGGUAACUAAAUUUCUGCGUGUGCAACAACAACUCAAAGAUUGGCUAGACAAUGCAGAACACGAUGCGGAAGCAUCGAUCCUGAAUGAAUUGAGCGCAAACAUUUCCCACACGACACGAGCACUCGAGUUGUUUCGCUACUACGUCGAAUGUUGUUCAGUUUUCGAUAAACUACGUGGGUCCAUGUUGACUGAUGGCAUUUGUUACUUGCCAGAGGGUGUCUUCAUUUCGUAUAAAUUAAAUCAAUUUUACGAUCUGUGUGAAAGUGCCCAAAAUGGCGAGUUCAUUCACAAUGAGGAAUUUGCGUAUUUAAACGGAUCCGAUAGCCUACUACCCGAGCACAAGCAACGAGUUCUCAAGGCCGUGUUGGCCAGUAAAAAGAUGUUCAAAGGUUUUUUCGAUGGUGUCACAGAAAAUCUUACGUUCUAUGUUUCUGUGGCAUUAGAUCCUUCGUCCCGGUUUGAAAACUUGCGACAAUUCAUCUCCGAGGAUGAAUUGAACGGCAUAAUUGGCAAAGUGGAGGUGUCAAUACAGGAGUACUUGUCCAAAUGCGAUCUGUACGAUCACAGCACUACCAAAUCUGGCGGCCAAAUGGCUAACCAGACUAGUAAACGCAAGCGGCUUGGUGAGGGGCCCUCUGAAACUGGCGUGUUUUCCAGCAGCUAUGACGAGUGGACACACUACAAAAACGAAACCAAAAUACUGUCUAGGUCACGUCGCAGUAUCCUGCAAUGGUGGUAUGAUCGACGGGCAAAGUACCCCCAUUUAUUCAGGCUGGCCGUCGCGCUACUUUACACGCAGAUUAGCUCCAAUGAAACCGAAAACAUUUUCUAUGUCACCGAGCACACGCUAAAGGUUUACCAGAGGAGUGUGGGUAGAAUCAACACCCAGAAAGUUAUGCUACUGAGAAACCGAUUCAAAAAUUUCGGCCUGUACAAUCAGGCGCUGCGAUUCGUCAAUCCCUCCAUUGAUUGA